GAUAGGAAGACGAUAUUUUAGUGUGGAGGUCAACGAUAAUAGAUGCGAAGAAUGAAGUCAGUCGUGGGAUAUAGCUUAAUAUUGAGCAGCAUUGUGAUUGCAGGAGUUGUUUCGUUGCUGCUUGUAUUGUUGAUGCCUUCAUCUAUUCCACAACAACGUCGAACAUGUGAGCCGAAAUAUUUUGAUCAAGAUCGUAUGGUUUGUGUAUGUAACUCAACAUAUUGCGAUACACUCGAUCCGCUUCCAGAUUCAUAUCCUGAAGGAUAUAUAUUUAUUUAUACAUCGAGUCAGAGUGGACUUCGUUUCAACGAGACAUCGUAUCAAUUUCGCUCUCUAUCGCAAAGUGAUGUAGCUUCAAUAACAGUCAAUUCUGGUAAACGGUUGCAGACAAUUAAAGGCUUCGGCGGUGCAUUCACGGAUGCUGCUGGAAUAAAUAUUGCAAGCUUACCUCAACAGGCUCAAGAGAAUUUAUUGAGGUCAUAUUUUUCACCAGAGGGUAUCGAAUAUAACAUGGGUCGAAUUCCUAUAGCAAGUUGUGAUUUUUCAACUCGAGGAUACACGUACAAUGAUUUCGAGAAUGAUUUCGCCCUAACAAAUUUUUCGUUAGCAAGUGAAGAUUUUGUUUACAAAAUACCAUACAUAAAGAAGGCCGUGGCAAUGAACAAAAGAAAAAUGUCUUUUUAUGCCAGCCCUUGGACAGCACCCGCUUGGAUGAAAACAAACAAUGACCUUAUCGGAAAGGGAAGUUUGAAAGGGGAACCAGGUGGACCAUACUAUCACACUUGGGCUCUGUAUUUUGCAAGAUUUAUAGAAGAAUAUACAAAGAACGGUGUAGACAUCUGGGGAUUAACAGCGCAAAAUGAACCAAGUGCUGGGAAUAUUCAGAAUUUUCCAUUUCAGUGCAUGGGAUUCAGUGAUAUUCAGCAGAGAGACUUCAUAAAACUAGAUUUGGGUCCAACACUAGAAAACCGAGGUCACGGCGACGUAACACUGAUGAUAAUGGAUGAUCAAAGAUUGUUGUUACCGGAAUGGCCAAAGGUUGUCCUGAAUGAUUCAGUCGUGAACGACUAUGUUGACGGAAUAGCAAUUCAUUGGUAUAUGGAUUUCAUGGUGCCACCACAACGACUAACGGAAACCCAUGAAUUGUUUCCUGAUAAAUUUAUGCUUGCAUCGGAGGCAUGUGCAGGGGCAAAUCCUUUAGCAAAUAAAGGAGUGGUGAUGGGCAGUUGGGAACGUGGCGAACGCUACAGUGACGAUAUUAUUGAGGAUAUAACAAACUACGUGAGUGGUUGGGUGGACUGGAACAUUGCUCUUGAUAUGAGAGGGGGACCAAACUGGGUGAGAAACUUCGUUGAUUCUCCAAUCAUCGUCAACAAAGAAUCCUACGAGUUUUACAAACAGCCCAUGUUUUAUCACAUGGGUCAUUUCAGCAAAUUCGUCCCCGAAGGCUCAGUAAGGAUUGAAAGCUUGGCGAAUCAACUUCCAUUUAAUGUCAAACAUGUUGCGUUUUUGAAUCCAAAUACUAACCAAAUAUCGUUAGUCGUUUUAAACAAGUCAGAGAACGAUAUCACCAUUACAGUUCGAGACUCGGCUUCUGGAGAAGUAGAAGACGUUUUGGAGAAAAGAUCUAUCAAAACAUAUGUUUGGUCACUUUAUGUAUGAAUUCAAUAAUAAAAAAUACUUGG